UUUUUUUUUCUUUUCGUUUCAGCCAUGACUCGACCACAAUCAUCAUCGCUGUUCACGCUGAUGGCAGUGGCGAUGGUGGCGAUGGUUGUCCACCAACCGGCGCCUGCCUCCGCCUGGGUGCAGACCUGCACGGAUCUGUUCGCCGGCUCGUGGACUGGCACUGAGGACAAGUACUCGACCACAGUGGAUUUCCGCUACUCUGCUUGUUCUCUAGCGAGCAACAGCUUCUGGAACUCUGUCAGCAUCACGUCCAUCGUCUGUAGCCAAACGGCCGUGCCAACCUCGUCUGGCUCCGCGGUCAACAUUGACAUCACGACCACCUCGCAAACCAUUCUGGCCGUCGCCUACUUUUCAAACAACUGGGACGAUGCGGACAACCAGCGCCUCACGAUUCUCUACCCGGACACGGCUGUGACCACGACUCGCCCUGCAGUUGGCCAAACCGGCGCGGCUGGUGUCAUUACCGUGGAGUUGCAGCGCGCCGGCGGCACAAGCGGUCUGACCGACACCCUGCGAUCCAUGCUUUGCAACCGCCAAACGGGCGACGUGCUCAUGCUUCCCAAGGGCACUGGCACGUACCUCAACCCGCACACUGUCGCUACCACCACGACCAUGACCAUCAAGUCCUACUCUGGAAACUACGCAGACACGCGCAUCUCCUGCUUCAAUCUCGGCUCGAACAACGCUGGCAAGGGCUUUAUCGUGGCCGCCGGCGCGUCCCUCACCAUCGAAGGAGUGUGGUACUCUGGCUGCACGACUGCUGGCGUGGAAGCAAAUGCUGCAAACACCAGAGUCACCAUCAUCAACUCGUACAUGUCGGGCCAUGGAACCGCGUCCGUCUCUGGUGGCGCCGUCUCCUCGACCAACACGGUGAACGCCACCUUCAUUAACACUGUUUUCACCGCCAAUCGCGCUGCCACUGGUGGCGCGUGCUACUUGCUUCAAGGAUCCAUGACCGCUAUCAACUGCACCUUCUCCAACCACCUUGCUGGCACGAUGGGCGGAGCUAUCGCAUUGCGCAACAGCCUUGUGCGAAGCAAUUUUACACGCUGCACCUUUGCCAACAACAUUCUCACUACCGGGUCCUUCAACGGCGGUGGCCACGUCGCCUUGAAUGGAGGUUGGGCAACCUUCGUUGACUCUACCUUCACGAGUGGACAAUGCAGCGGCGAGCAAGCCUUUGGUGGUGCAUUUUUCGUGAUUACCCUGAGUUCCCCUCCCAAGGACAGCGAUCUUGUCUGUCAAAACUGCUCAGUGAUCUCCAGCCGGACGGAGGUUGGAGCAGGUGCCAUUGCUGUUACGGGCGCCUCAACUGUCACGCUUCUUGGAGGUCGUUUCAUUGACAGCGUCACGACCUACCAGUUCUCGGCCGGAGGCGCCAUUGUCCUUGCCGGCAACGCUCGGCUCUUCGCGACCGGGACGUACUUUGCCAACAGUUUUGCCUACUCUGGCGCUGUCGUCUCGAUGCAGGAAAGUGCGCAGGCGUUCGUGACGGAUUGCGUCUUUGCCGACAACAAGGCCCGAUUCUCAGGCGGUGUCUUUGAUCUUCUGGACUCGACCGAACUGACCUGGGUCGGUGGCUCGGUCACGAACAGCUCUGCAGAAAGCGGCGGUGCUCUGCUCACGAGCGGGACGGUUCGUGUCGUUGUCGACAAUGUCACCUUCCGCCGUGGCUACGCGGCCGUCUGGGGCGGUUUUGCGCUGACCGCGUCCACGCUGCCCACUGAGGCCUCGCUGCAAGUCUACAACUCGCGUUUCUUGGAGAGCUCAACCGACUGGGGAGCAGCCGUGCUCAGCGCCAUUGCGUCCGAAGGUGGCUCGUUCGACGUUCCCAGCGCGUUGUUUGUCAACUGCACGUUUGCCGACAACACUGGCGUCAUUGGUAGCACCUUCAACAUUGACGAGGGUGCAGUCAUCACGGUCAUCAACUCGACCUUUACGAGCAACCGAGCGGAAUUUGGCGCUGUGGCCUACGUGUAUGCCACAGGCCAGAUGCGCUUUGAGGGGUCGACCUUCCACAACAACUCGGCUAGCUCUGGCGGAUGCUUCUACGUGACCAAUACGGGCCAUCUUGAGAUCGAGGACGCCACUUUUGAAGACAAUUUUGCCACCGAAAACAGCGCCGGCGUUUUGGCGCUGCUUCGCUCGACUGUGCACAUGACCAACGUCGUUGCCGUGGGCAACGAAGCAACCGAAUUUGCGGGCUUUAUGACUGCCACCCAGGACUCGACCGUCGUGCUCGAGAAUGUCGUUUUGGCGAACAACUCUGCUUCGGACUAUGGCGGUGCCAUCGCCGCCAAGGGCACUUCGAGCUUGACGUGCCAGGGGUGCACCAUUUCAGGUAACUGCGCGCGCUCCAACGGCGGUGGUCUGCACAUCUCUGGCAAGGCGAUCGUUCAUCUGGAGGACGCCGUGGUUUCGGGCAACUCUGCUGGUCUCAACGGAGGCGGCGUUUUCGUCCAAGGCUCUGGCACGUUGACGUGGGUGGCCAACGCCACCGACGACGGCAGCUCUGUUGUCCAUUCCUCAAACCUCCCGGCCACUUCCAGCUCUGCUCUGCAAGACCUGCUUGCUGCUGAAGCGGCCUUCCCCGGCUCGAGCAAUGUCGAUGCUUGGGCAGCAUCCCAACUCGCUGUUUCGGCCUGCGCUGACAACCUUGCCACGAUUGAUGGCGGUUGCGUUGCCAUGUUUGAUUCUGCAGAGUUCUCUGCGCUGAAUGUUGUCUUCAAGGGCAACCGAGCGUUGGCAUCCGGUGGCCACAUUAGCGCCGACCACGGCUCCAAGCUGGUGCUGAGCGGCUCGGUUUUGGUCGACGGACAGUCCACUGGUGCCGGCGGUGCCAUCUCGGUCGAGUCCAGUGGUGUCCGAACCUCGGCCUGCGUCUCGCCUUCGUCAAACAACGUGGGCGAAGCGUCCACCAUCAUUGUGAACUCGUACAUUCUCAACAAUACUGCACAAACCUCUGGUGCCGGUCUGGCGGUCGUUGGUGGCCACCACGCGCUGUACAAUGUCCGCGUUUCGGGCAACGUGGCGGCCGAAAGUGGCGGCGGCUUGCACCUGUCGCCCAUGUUGUCUCGCCCCCAAAGCGAGCUGCAGGUGAAUGCCACUCUCGUCGAUGUGGAGUCCAACACUGCGUCUCAGGCAGGAGGUGGCGUUUCCGCGACCUUUUCGUCGCUGCCAACCUCGUGGGUCCAGUUUGUCGAUUCCUCCAUUUCGUCCAAUACGGCGCUGAUGGGUGGCGGCUUGUACUUGCCCAAUUUCAACGUUUUGCCCAUCUUGCUGAACACUGUCGUGCAGAACAACCAAGCAGCCCAGUACGGCGCGCAGACGGCCUCUCCGGGUGUCCAGCUUGCGUUUGAUGCAUCGCAACCCGCGCCCGGCACCAACGGCUACACUGGUGGCGAAAUUUCCGUGACCAUCCACCUGUUGGAUGGCUCUGGCGCUAUUGCCGCCGUGCACAGCGUCCAAAUCGAGGUCUUGGUGUUGAACGCCACUGAUGACGUGGUCUUUGCUGGCUCUCAAAUCGAUCAACGACGCCUUGACGGCACCUUCACGUCCUACCCAACCCGAAUCCUCGGGGAGGGCUACAAGCUUCUGCACUCUGGCGUUGCGCAACUGACUUUUACUCUGUACGCCACCACGCCUGGCACCUACAAGAUCCGCUAUGCCGCGACUGGCGGUGAUGCCUCGAUUUCGCCUGCCGAGUUUGCCUACGUUGUGCAGCCUUGCACAUCGAGCAAUCAGGCGGUCGUCUUGCAAGACGGCAAUCCUGUCUGCGCUUCCGUGUUUGAUCAAAACAAGAGUCUUCGAUUCGGCUUUAUGAGCGUCGCCAUUAUUGGCGAAGCUUGCGCAAUUCUCCUCGUCAUCUUUGUCAUCCGAAAGCGCGAGGAGCCCAUCGUCAAGGCCGCCAGCCCCAAGUUCUGCUUGAUUGUCAUUUUCGGUUGCAUGCUCGAGUUUGCUCUCAUUCCCACGCUGGUUCCCGACCUCACGCCUGCUCUGUGUGUCACGCACAUUUGGAUUGGCCAUCUCGGUUUUGCCGUUGCGUUCGGCGCGCUCUUUGCCAAAACCCAUCGCAUUGCCGCCAUCUUCAACAACAAGAACCUUGCUCGCAAGCUCCGCGGCACCUCCGAUUCGUUCCUCAUGUCUCGAAUUGCCAUUGUCGUGUCUGCCGUUAGUCUCUACCUGUUGGUGUGGUCCGUGGUGGACAAGCCAGACGUCGUCGGUACGACAGAAGUCGGGGAGACAAUCAGUGUCUACUACAUGUGCAAGUCCUCCAACGACAGCUGGUCGGUGGGCUUGUACGCGCUCGAGGCCGUUGGUCUGCUCUACGGUUGCUGGCUCGCCUGGCAAGUGCGCAACGCACCCUCGCGUUUCCGCGAGUCCAAGUUCAUUGUCAUGGCCGUCUGGAACAUUUUGGUGGUCUCCAUCAUCAUUCUCCCGCUCAACUAUGCGCUCAACACUGACAAUCCAGACACGCAGUUCAUGUUCACUGCUCUGGGUAUCUUGCUGGCAACCUUCGGAACCUUGGGCUUGAUCUUCAUUCCCAAGAUGUACGGCUUGGUCACACACAUGGAGCCUGGCGUGUCGCUUACCACCGACAAGCCCACCAAGUCAACCUCAAACAAGGUUGUCGGCUACCAAGGCUCGUUUGUCAAUGCCGACCCUCACGACUCCACUCAUGAAGUUCAGCACAUGGCCAUGUCGUCCAUCGAGGAUACGACUCCGAUCGAAUCCAUGACCACGGAACAGCUCGAGCAGUAUCAUCUGACCAAUACCCAACAUAUUACCUUCCUCAAAGAGCAGCUUGCGCGCGCCGAGGAGCUGCUGGCUGAGCGUGCACCCAAAAAUCCUGAAGACGCAGUGUAAAAAAAAAAAAAAAAAAAAAAAAAAAAAAUUGGGUAUUGCUUGCUGGUUGGUCCCGCCAGCCGUAAAAAUGCUCUACCCUCUCGUUUCUGUCUGUGUGUAUAUACUUGUUGGUUUUGUGUGACCACACGUUGUUUUUCCGCUUUGUGUUUCGCUUGUCGAUCAGUUACAGUUUUGUAAAAUGCAGCAAAUUUUUUUUUUAAGCAAAUUGAG